AUGCUCAGAUUUGAACCAAACUCAAGCUGGAUUCCACCGUUUCAAUGUCAAACUAUCGAAUUGGGUCGAUGGCAACUUGGCCUGAAGUUUCCCCAUUGGUUAAAAUUUCAAAAGAACUUGUCUGAAUUAGAUAUUUCUGGUGCAGGAAUUUCAGAUUUUGUGCCUAUUUGGUUUUUCAACCUUUCCCCUAAAUUUAAAUAUGUAAAUCUUUCUUAUAAUCAACUUGCUGGAGGGAUUUCUUAUUUGAACGUGAAAGAUAGCGUUGACUUUACUUCAAAUCGAUUCACAGGCCCAUUGCCAAGAGUAAUCCCAACUUUACAAUUUUUAAUUUUGUCAAAUAAUUCAUUUUCAGGAUCUCUUUUUGAAUUAGUUUGUCAUUCAUUAAGUAGGGGACGGAUUGAAGUUCUUUUCAUUGAUAAAAAUCUUCUCACCGGAGAAAUUCCAGAUUGCUGGAAUCAUUUAGAAAGUUUGAAAAAUUUUAAUUUGGGGAACAACAAUUUGACCGGAAAAAUCCCACCUUCUUUGGGACGUACAGUUCUUCAUUGGCUAAACCUUCGAAAUAAUAGCAUGUUUGGAGAAUUACCAUCCACAUUGCAAAAUUUAACGAAUUUGCGCAUUCUUGAUCUUAGUGAAAAUCAUUUCAGUGGAAAUAUACCGGCAUGGAUCGAUGACAAGCUCUCAUCACUUACAGUUCUAAGCCUUCGUUCAAAUAAUUUUGAUGGUUAUUUUCCUCACGAAAUUUGUGAUCUUCAAUAUCUUCAGAAUUUGGAUCUUUCCCAUAACAACAUUUUUGGAGCUAUUCCAAAUUGUUUAAGUAAUUUGAGUGCUAUGGCCUACAGAAGGUACCAAAAGAACUAUCAGUUUCUAUGGGCAAGUACCAGAACUACUCUCAUUUCUUUCAGUGCAUUAUUAAUGCUGAAAGGACGAGAGGAUGAUUACAGUGCCACACUAGGGCUUGUUACCAGCAUGGACCUUUCAACUAAUAGUCUCACGGGAGAGAUCCCAAAGGAACUUGGAAGUCUCGUUGAGCUACGAUCAUUAAAUCUGUCAAGAAAUCUCUUAACAGGAAAUAUACCAGAUGAAAUUGGCAACAUGGAGUUGGAAUCUCUUGAUUUGUCGAUGAAUCAAUUGAAUGGUGAAAUCCCUUCAAGUUUCUCCAAUUUGAAUUUCUUGAAUCACUUUAAUGUGUCCUACAACAACUUAACAGGACAAAUCCCAACAAGCACUCAACUUCAAAGCUUUGAAAACUUUUCUUACAUGGGCAAUCAUCUUUGCGGACCUCCUCUCACUAAACACUGCAGCACGAAACGUUCUCCACCUGAUGUUGCAAAUAAUGGAAGCAGCAGUGAAGGAAGUAACGUGAAUUGGCUUUAUGUUAGCACAGUUCUCGGCUUUGUAAUGGGAUUUUGGGGUGUAGUGGCUCCCUUGUUUUUCAUCAGGUCUUGGAGGCAUGCAUACUAUCUAAAGUUGGACCAUGUUAGUCGAAAGCUGUAUGUGUCUUGGGCUACUAUGGGUAUGUAGUUUGAUGGGAAAAAAACAUGUCUAAACAUGGUCGAAAGUUGGUAUAAUUUACUGGAGAUUGGAUCAAA